AUGACGACCGUAAGUUACGCGGACGACGAGGCGGGAGACCGGGGCUGGUCGGCCGAGGGAUCCUUCGAGGACCAGGUAUGGCUGAGGGCCGUCUACGGUGUCAUAGCCGUGCUGGGCAUCACCGGCAACGCCUUGGUCAUGUUCACGGUGGCCCGGGUACCCUCGCUACGCUCCUUGACCAACAUGUUCAUCGUGAGCUUGGCCGUCUGCGAUCUCAUCACCUCGGUGUUUCUUAUCCCGCUUCAUCUCGGUUUUGAAAUUCCGGUACCAGAGGGUGCGGCGGGAGAUGUGAUGUGCCGUCUUCUGCUGUCCAAGUACCCCCUCUGGACCAGCUUCGUGGCCUCAGUGCUCACCCUGACCUGCGUCACCUUAGAGAGAUACUCCAGCAUCGUGCAUCCCUUUCGCUACGAGAUCAUGAGUAAUUUGCAUAAGAGCGCUAUGACUAUGCGCCAAUCAACGUCGGACGGCAGAGAGAACCAGCUGUCUCGGGAUCUCCUUCGCGCGCGCAAGAAAGUCGUCAAGAUGCUGCUUACAGUCGUUGUGACUUUUGCCGUUUGCUGGGCGCCAAACCAGUUCAUGUUCUUCGCCUACAUGUGCGGCUGGAACCUGGACUUCUCAGGCUGGUAUUACCACGCCAGCGUACUGAUCGCUUUCUGCAAUUCGUGCAUGAACCCGUUCAUUUACGGGUUUCAAAGCAAGCAGCACCGCAAAGCGCUGCGCCAGGCGAUCGGCUGUAAGAGGGCGUGCUGCAGUAACGUCGUUGGUACCCGCCCGUCCGAGGGAGCCAGUAACCUGAGUUUCGUUGGUACGGCUGACGUCAGAGAAUACUAUGCGGACGAGAACGCCGUAACGAAUCCCCCAAUGGUAAGGAAAAAUACGGAAAGCACCAGCUUGUGUACCGGACGCAUCCAAGAGUUCACCGUUGAUCCAACAGCGAGUAACAAGUAG